AUGGAAUCAAAGAAUGGGAAGAAAUUUAAAACGCCAAUGGCUGAGAGGAUGUAUGGACAACUGUAUAAAGAAGGGAAACAAAGCAGAUUGGCAGCAGCCUUCUUGAGUGAUGGCGAUGAUGAGGAUCCAACGCCACAAUCCACUGUUGGACCUAUCAAAGUCAUGAAAAUUUCUUCGUCACCUCCUUCAGAUACCGAAACCGAUAAUUCAGAUGAAUCUAAAUCGACGGUUCCUUCGAGUCAGUCGGAGCAGAGCAGCAGUGUUGCUGCUCAACAAAUUCAGCCAGUGCAGUUACCAGCUACUGCUGCUCAACAAAUUCAGUCAGCGCAGUUACCAGCUACUAGCAACUCGGAAUACUCUAGCGAAACAUGGCGAUGGUCUGAUACGGUGAAAACAGGCUAUUUUUGA